CCUGAUUUGAAUAUAAUGAAAUACAUUUCAUUCUUCUUGAGAGGUUUCACUAAUAUGAAUUAAUGCAUCUUACGACACUGUGAAAUCAACCGUAAGCAGACGAAUUUGUACCAAGUGUCAAUGUAGGUGCUAGUUCGUCUAAAACGUGUGAAUUUGAAUAAGCUGACGGAUUUAAGUGUAAAGGGAUGGUGUUAUUACAGAAUGCUCUAUAGGAAGCAUGGAAUUAAACGAUUUGUCAACCUACAAACCUCAAACCGGAGAAACAAACGAGGGAUAUGUUUAUGGAAAUGUUCAUUAUGGUCCAGAUACCGCUGUUUCACUGAAUGGGAACACAACAGUUGCUGAAGAUACGUUUGUUGACGCUGAAACAGACAGUUUACAAUACAAGACAUCACAGACUAGAAAAAGAUUUGAAGCAAAACAGAAAGACGAAAAUAACACUGAAGUCAGAGAAUCGACAAUCGUAUUUAAAACACAGAAUAGAAAUUUCGUUAACGAAAAAUGGCAAGCAGUGAAAAGGAGUUGUAAAGAGAACAAUAAAGCUAUAAAAACUGUUUUGAAGCUUAUUCUUUUGCUGGCGUAUUUUGUGUACUUUGGUUUUGCAUUGGCUUAUCAUGUCGGUGACGAAGGCUCAUGGAGGCUUAUCGUAUGCACUAUAUUCGGCGUGCUUCUGAUUCUAUGGCGUUUGUUUAAAAGAACGCGUGUGUAUUUAAUUUGGGAAUCGUUUCUGAACAAGGUCUCUGAAGAGCAUUCGAAAGGAAGACGAAGUCUCGUCUUGAGAUGGGUUCUCUACGUAUUGAUGACGCUGUUUAUGAUCACCUACGUCAUCCUCUUCGUGGCCAUCAAGACCCCUGAGAACCUUAGAUCCCUGUUCGGACUGGCUGCAUACCCCUUCCUGCUGUUCCUCUUUUCCAAACAUAGAACUAAGGUGAACUGGCACACGGUGUACUGGUCCAUGUCACUGCAGUUUGUAAUGGCACUGAUUAUCCUGAAAACCUCCUGGGGUGCGGCUUCGAUCCGAUGGUGUGGAACGCGGCUCGAGGAAUUCCUGGCAAACGCCGAGGCGGGGAGCAUCUUUAUGUUUGGGGAGAAAUAUACAGACCAUUCGUUUAUCUUUGGGGCUCUUGUUCAAAGUGCGUUUUUUGUGGUCGCCAUGUCCGUCAUUAACUACCUGGGCGUGGUCUCCUUCAUCGUGAACACCUUUGGGUAUGCCUUGGCAUUCUGUCUGAAACUCAGUCCUGCAGAGGGCAUCAACGCUGUGGGAAACAUCUUCCUGCAUGUGCCGGAAUCUGCGAUGUUGAUACAGGAAUAUAUAGCAGAUAUGACUCCAUCACAGCUGUUUCUUACGUAUGCUGGGGGGUUGUCUACCGUCGGAGGAACGUCUCUGGUCAUAUUCAUGUCCUCAGGUGUGCCUGCUGCGCCUCUUAUAGCCGCCUCAGCAAUGUCGGCCCCCGCUGCUGUUGCUGCCUCAAAGCUUUCAUUUCCCUCCGUGGACAAUGAAGAAGUGCCACCAAUCCCGGCUGGGGCUAACGGCACUCCCACUACGAGACCGGACUUCCUCGAGAAACCAACGUCGUUGAUGCACAGUAUCAUCGUUGGAAUAAACCAGAGCAUUGUUUUGACUGUACAAGCAGUGUUCUACAUCACGACAUUUGUUAUUAUCCUGGAAUGGAUCAACAAUACCCUUAUCUGGUUCGGAAACAGAAUUGGGGUCGCCGAUAUGAGUGCUGAAUUCCUGCUAUCGUACAUCUUCUAUCCGUUCGCGUACAUGAUGGGGGCGAGACAUGAAGAUUGCCUGUUUCUGGGACAGUUGUUUGGCGUGAGGACAUUCAGUCUUGCAAUUGUGGCCUACCCAAAACUUGGACCAAUCAUUGUGAACGGAGGAAAGUUUCGGGAUUACGUUGCUGGAGGUAUCAACAACACGUGGUCCUAUGUUGGAAAUGAUAUUUUGCUUGAGAAAACAAACACCACUCUCAUAGGCGGAAUACUGGAUCCAAGGUCAGAAAUUAUAGCCACCUAUGCAUUGUGUGGUUCUGCCUCCUUCGCCAUCAUGGGUCUGAUUAUUGGAUCGUUCAAAGCCAUCGUGCCACACCGUAUAGGGGAGAUUACACAACAUAUAUUCCGUGCCAUGGUAGUUGGAACUGUUGCUAGUUACCUUACAGCUUGCUUUGCAGGUUUACUUUUUGAAGAGGAUGUCGCAUAUCAGUAGUUAUACAUUGAACUAUUUCUCAGGAAUUCGUUGUGUGAUUGUGGUAUAUAUGACUUGUAUAUUUACCCAAACUAUGUUAUAAUAUAUUUGAUAAUUUUGUUCUAUUGAAUCUAUUAAACUGUAUCAUAAGAUUUUAAAUUAUUAAAUUAUAUUAUUAGAAUUGUGUUAAAAUAAACGUAUACUACUA